AUGAUUUUCACGUUCACCUCAUUAUUUAAAUUCCAUUUGACCAUUCUUAGCAAAACGUGACGCACGUGGAGUUUAAGCAAUAGGAUGGACUCCAGGUAGGUGGGGAAAUGCGAUACACGUGAAACGCGAUUGGAUCCGAUCGGACGGUGGAAAGAAGUCCAUACAGUCAACGACAUCACGAUUCACGUCAACCAAUUUUCCUAUUUUUAUUCUCAAAAAGCCACUAAUGGCUUCUUCUGCUUCAUCUAUUUUUUUACCAAUUACACAAAAAUGUCUCUACUAAUUCCAAAGUUCCUUUUCGUAAGCUUGAUAGUUCUACUGAGCAGUAUCGUAUUGGGGUUCAGUGAAGCUGAAGCAUCAUAUCAAGUUUACAAAAUCAAAGUGGUCAAUGAAUUCCCCCACGACCCCAAGGCUUACACUCAGGGGCUUCUCUAUGCAGAAAAUGAUACUCUCUUUGAAUCAACUGGACUGUACGGACGUUCAACCGUUCGAAAAGUUGCACUGAGGAACGGUAAGGUUGAGGCUGUUCAUGAAAUGCAGUCUUCUGACUUUGGAGAGGGUUUAACUCUUAUUGGUGAGAGGUUGUUCCAACUAACAUGGUUGCAGGAUACCGGCUUCAUAUAUGAUCGAUACAACUUGAGCAAAUUUGAAAAGUUUACUCAUCACAUGCAAGAUGGUUGGGGAUUAGCAACUGAUGGGGGAGUUCUUUUUGGAAGUGAUGGAACAUCAACAUUAUAUGAGAUUGAUCCUCAGGCAAUGAAAGUCAUCAGAAAACAAGUUGUCAAGUCUCAAGGGCAUGAAGUGCCCUACCUCAAUGAGUUGGAGUAUGUGAAAAAUGAAGUCUGGGCAAAUGUUUAUGUGACUGAUUGCAUUGCUAGAAUCUCACCAAAAGAUGGAACUGUGAUUGGGUGGAUUCUCCUCCAAUCUUUGAGGGAAGAUCUAAUAUCAAGAGGCUAUAAGGACUUUGAGGUACUGAAUGGAAUCGCAUGGGACAGAGAUGGUGACCGUAUUUUUGUGACAGGGAAACUAUGGCCAAAGUUGUUUGAGAUCAAGUUGCUUCCUCUCCCACCGAAUGCUCCACUGAUUGGAGAAAUCAAUAAUUUAUGCAUCCCAAAACCGUUCUUUCUUGGAAAACUCGAGAGCUGAUUAUGCUUAUCAUUUCUUAUGAAGCUUUUGGAGCUAUUUUUAGCAACAUCUAUUUCUUGAUCAGCUCUUCCUACAUUUUACGUCUAUUGGUUUGUAUAAGAUCAGCUAUUUGUGUAUAAUGCCAGUCAACUAAAAGUGGAAUUAAGCAGUGCACGUCAGAAUAUGUUUGUAAUUAUGAGAUGCAAAGGUAUUUCAGUA